AGUUUAGUUGGUAGUCUCAAGUGAGACUGAAUUGCAGUUUAAAGUGCGUAAAUUUUUUUGCAUGGACGUUAUCAAAGAAUGUUUUAACGGUUUUAUUAUACUUGCAGUAACACGGAAACGCAUUGAGCUUCACGGUACCUAUUUCGAACUCGUACUUUAAAAAUGUUCUCGAGAAUAAGUUCUUAUCACGAAAAAUCGACUUGUCAAAUCGGCCUCAUUCUAUCUAUGAUAACGCACACGGCGAUCACAAAACAAAUAACAGAAAAUUAUGAUCUUGACGAGAAGAAUUUCAAUGCUGCCACGGAUAAAAAUAUCCCACUACCAACGACUUUAGAUCCCUCUACGAAAACCUCCCCCUCAAAUUUACAUUACAAAACUAGAGACACAAUCAGAUCACAUCUCUUGCGACAUGCAGUCAUUCCAGAUGUACUGGCAAUCGCUCCGUUCUACAUUUUAGAGGUUGUGUACUCACGUCGAAGUAUAGUCAAUUUAGGAAACAAAAUGGAUCCAGCAUUGCUAGAGAAGAAACCGAAACAAAUAGUUUGGCCAUGGACUAAAGGGUCUCUAUACAGCCUGGCACUAGUGGAUGCUGACGUCCCUACUCGCGAAAAUCGUAACUAUGCGGAGCGAAUUCACUGGUUAGUGGUCAACAUUCCUGAAGGCUCUCUUAAGGAAGGAGACGAAGUGGUAGAGUACAAGGGUCCAAUAGCACCUACUAAAUCAGGUAUGCACCGAUAUAUUUUCGCUGUAUUUGAACAGCGUGGUCGUAUCGAAUACAACGGGACACGAAUCGCAGCUCAGACACAUAGGCUAAGUCUGGAUCGAAUUCACUUCCACAUCCGAGACUUUUCUGCACAAUAUAAAUUAGGAGAUCCAAUAGCUGUGAAUUUUUUCCUGUCUGGCUGGCCGCUGGAUCAGCCUGUUCCAACGUUCACUGUUCCCCCACGAAGAUUCAGAGGACCCGGAGAGAAUAAUGAUUUUUCAACUACGACGAUCGAAAGCUAGUCUCUAGACGCCAACUUUGAGAAUGUAAUUUUAUUUAGCUGUGAACAUCAGCGGUGGAUCCAGCAAUUUGGCAACUUCGGAUUUCCUCCAUUUAAACCUAUGCUAAAUAAUCGAUACUUGUCAGAGCACCUGGCCCCUCUAAGAAUCGAUACAUUUUCAUACGUCUAAAUGGAGAAAAACAACGUUGCCAAUUUGCUAGAUCCGCCAAUGGUGAACAUGAAGAGUAAUGAAUAACGAGGGGGCGCGUCCCCUGGAAGCGUCGCGGACCAACCCCCCGAAAUUUUAUUGUUAUAGGAGAAAACUCUCUCUGGAGGUCUGACGCGACGUUUAGUAUUUUAGAUGCAUAUAUCAACUUGUAUCAUCUCCAAGAACAUUCCGUGGCAAAAUAAGUUUCACCGUGCAUGAAGCGCGUUGAAGCGCAUGAACGUUUUCAAGCGCAUGAAGGGUGAUCCAAAAGUCCCACACUAACAGCACCAUGCAGGUGUAACCCCUAUGACUUUUGAACUAAUUGAGAUACAAACUUAAAAUUUUGUGAAUGGUCCUAGAUCAAAGGAAACGACAUCUGGAAACCCCCAGAAUUUCUAAGGAAUCGCUCUAAAGAGGGCUAAAAACAUUGGGGUUAUAGGGAGGGUGUGGGACUUUUGGAUCACUCUGUGUAGUGCACACUUCCUCUUAUACUUAUUCUAUUCAUAACUACGAUUUGUUUCAUGAAUAUUACAUGUGAGAAGAUGACUCCUCAAGAUACUUUGAGGAGGAAAAUAAAUGUUUACAUUUGGCAUUUAAUACCUUAAGCGUGUCGUUUGAUGCGCACAUAUACACAUAUUUAUACUACGCAUUAUAAAAGACUAUUUUAUGACGAUUGAAAAUCUCCUGCCGUGUUACUAUUAUAAUUAUAAUGUUUUAAAAUAAAUCAUAUUAAUGUUA